AUGGCAUCUCACCUGUUGAAGAGCAUUGCUGCCUCCUUGACCCGCCGCGUGGCCCAAAUGAACCAUUUGCCGGCGGUCGCUUCUUUCCGAUGUCUGCACACCCUCAACGCGAGUCCCCGCCCGCUGACAACAGCUCGAAGCAUCCAGCCAGUCGGUGGCGCCCAGUCCUUGCUGGCACAGUGUGGACGUCUACCCUGCAUCCAGCCGUCUGACGGGAUGAAAACCAAGUCUGCGCUGAAGAAGCGCUGCAAGGAUUGUUUCUUUGCACGACGGCGAGGACGCUUGUUUGUGUUCUGCAAGACCCAUCCCAGACACAAGCAAAGACAAGGCUGA